UUGAGAUUGUGACUGACAUCGCACCACGCGCGCUUCUUUGAAAUUUGGUUGUCUUACUCAAAUUUUGUAUUUCUGUAUUAAAAAGAAAAUGCAAGACGACAAAAAUGCAAUUUAUCAGAUGCGAUUCCCGCAGAAGUUGUGGUAUUUACUUAACUUGCAAACUAACGCGGUUUUGUGGGGCGGUACAGGUCGGACGAUUUUGUUAAAUUACAGGAUUCUUCAAAAUUACUUGAAAAGUGAUCACUCGAUAUUCAAAACGACGAACAUAUCAAGUUUUGUUCGACAGCUGAAUCUAUAUGGAUUUCGAAAAGUAACAUCGCACCUUCAAGAUCCUUUGUGCAACUCAAGUAACCCAUACAUGCAUGAGUAUGUGCACGAUUAUUUUCAGUACGGCAGGCCGGAAUUGCUCAAUAAAAUAGCUAGAAAAACUUUAGCUAUGAGAAAACAGUUUAAACCUAAGAGCAUUUAUGGAAAUGGUGACCAGUUUUUGUACGUAACACCACUGCAGAAGGCGCGUAGAGCAUUUCAUGUUGCUUUGAAAAAGGCUGCACAAGAUUUGUUCACCCAAAACUCACCAAAACAAUUCUGCAGUUUGAAGUUUGAAUGUGAUGAAACACCUGAUGAUUUUGGUGAAGAUGAAGAAAGCUUUGAAUUUGAUUGGAUUGUCUCCAACACACCUGACCAAGACUCAGAAAAACAAAUGCCUCAGCCAGUUGAGCCUGUUGCUAAUAAAACUACAAUUAACGAAAACACAGCAAAUUAUAGAGAGUCAGCACAGGACAGCUUGAUGAACUUUAGUGUUGAGCCAUGUGAACAGAGCAAUGACAAUUUCCCAGCUCAAUUUCUGAGCAUGCCAGAUCUGGACCCAGAGCCCACAGAAGAGAAAUCCGGUGUAGAAUUACUGGCUGAAUUUGACAUUGACCAUGACACUGACCAGGGCAUUGCCAGAAAGAUUGGAGACAAGAAUGACCACAAUUCCUUAAACUGUAUCCUUCCAUUUGUAAGCAAUGACCACAAUGAUGAUGUGUCGAUGGCAGAGGUGAAUAUAAAUUCUAUUUAUCUAAUAUUGUGUUGUUUGUGUACUAAUGUAUUAUGUUUUCAGAAAAAUAAUGAAAAUUCUGAUCAUUACAAUGAUGGUGAGUGGGAUCAGAUGUUCAAUGAUAUUAUUGUAAAUAAAGGCUCCAAUCAAGAAUGUGGUACUGAUUUGAAGGAGCUCUACUCACAGAUCUCCCGGACUAUUGAUUUACUUAAUUCUUAAUAUUUUGUUUAACAUGUUAAUUGUGGUAUUUUAACAAAGUUCCUUAAAUGAAAUAAGUUAUAUAAUGUUUCCUUAGACCGUGUAUUAUUAAGACAAAAAAAGAUAUAGAUACAUAA